UUUGCUACAGUAUGUACUAAAACGCACCGUAUUAGCGUAUUUCCACGUGGUUGGUUCCUCUUGGAUAUUGUAAUCUGACGUGUCAUCUUCUUUCUGAUUCUCUUCUUCUUGGUCACAGUUCUUCAUUCGUAGUUCUCUUCAAAUUAUCAAAUGUGAAGAAAAAAAUUCAAAAAUGACGACUGAUUUACUCCGACUCUCAUCAUUCAUUCCUCACCACGCAAACUUAUUCACUCACCGCCGCACCAAAACGCAGAGUUUUGGUUACUCUUCUCACCUUCCUGAACGCCGCCGUUUCAACUUCCGUCCGCCUCUCCGACCGCGGUAUCUCACUCUUUGUAAUUCCCUCAAUGUCAAUAAAACUCAACUCCAAAACGCGCCGUUUCAAUCUCCAAACGACUCGCCGAUUCUUAUCGACGUAACCGGAAUGAUGUGCGGCGGUUGCGUCUCUCGUGUCAAAACACUACUCUCUUCCGACGAUAGAGUAGACUCAGUCGUGGUCAAUAUGUUGACUGAAACCGCCGCGGUUCGGUUGAAACCUGAUAGCGCGAUUAUAUCAGCGGAAAUUGCGGAGAGUCUUGCUAAGAAGCUGACUGAGUGUGGAUUCGAGUCGAAAAAGAGAGGUUCGAGGAUAGGAGUAGCUGGUAAUGUGAAGAAAUGGAGAGAGAUGGUUCAAAAGAAGGAGGAAUUGAUGGUGAAGAGUAGAAACCGAGUUGCUUUUGCUUGGACUUUAGUUGCUCUGUGUUGCGGAUCUCAUGCUUCGCAUAUUUUUCACUCUCUUGGCAUUCACAGUAUUGCUCAUGGUUCAUUUUGGGACGUGCUGCAUAACAAUUAUUUCAAGGGUGGUUUAUCUAUGGCAGCUCUUUUGGGACCAGGAAGAGACUUGCUUUUUGAUGGACUAAGGGCAUUGAAUAAAGGAUCGCCAAAUAUGAAUUCUCUUGUUGGAUUUGGAUCAAUUGCUGCAUUUGUCAUUAGUGCUGUGUCACUUCUUAAUCCUGAGCUUAAAUGGGAUGCAUCAUUCUUUGAUGAGCCGGUCAUGCUUCUUGGUUUUGUGCUUCUUGGACGUUCCCUAGAAGAAAGAGCAAGGCUCAAAGCAUCUAGUGAUAUGAAUGAACUUCUUUCCCUCAUAUCAACUCAGUCGCGUCUCGUUAUUACUUCAUCAGACAGCAACUCCUCUGCUGAUACUGUUCUUUGCUCUGAUGCAAUUUGUGUGGAAGUCCCCACUGAUGAUGUUCGAGUUGGAGACACAGUGUUGGUUCUACCUGGAGAAACUAUUCCUGUAGAUGGUACAAUUCUUGCGGGAAGAAGUGUUGUGGAUGAAUCCAUGCUCACAGGGGAAUCAUUGCCUGUAUUCAAGGAAGAAGGCCUUAAAGUCUCAGCUGGAACUAUAAACUGGGAUGGUCCUUUAAGGAUUAAGGCCUCAUCUACUGGUUCAAACUCAACAAUAUCUAGAAUUUUCCGCAUGGUGGAGGAUGCUCAAGGCCGUGAAGCACCCAUACAAAGACUUGCAGAUUCGAUAGCAGGGCCUUUUGUGUACAGUGUAAUGACCAUAUCAGCAGCAACUUUUGCUUUUUGGUACUACAUCGGAUCCCAAGUUUUUCCAGAUGUUCUGCUUAAUGAUAUUGCUGGAGCAGAUGGAGAUGCUUUGCUUUUAAGCUUGAAACUUUCUGUGGAUGUCUUGGUAGUUUCCUGCCCCUGUGCACUGGGACUUGCCACACCCACGGCAAUUCUAGUUGGAACUUCACUUGGAGCAAAGCAAGGACUUCUUAUCAGGGGAGGAGAUGUAUUGGAACGCUUGGCAAACAUUGAUCACAUUGCUCUAGACAAGACAGGUACCCUCACUGAAGGAAAACCAUCUGUUUCUGCGGUGGUUUCACUUUCUUAUGAAAAAACAGAAAUUCUUAGAGUUGCUGCUGCAGUAGAGAAAACUGCAUUACACCCAAUAGCAAAAGCUAUUAUGAAUGAAGCUGAAUCAUUGAGAUUGACUAUCCCAGAAACAAGGGGGCAACUGACAGAACCAGGUUUUGGAACCUUAGCAGAAGUAGAUGGACGUCUGGUUGCAGUGGGUAGUUUAGAUUGGGUUCAUCAACGAUUCCAUUCAAGGACAGACCUGUCAAAUCUAAAGAAUCUUGAAGCUGCAGUUUCAUUCAAAUUAUCAGAAGGGAUUUCAUCACCAAACUAUUCGAAAACUGUUGUGUAUAUUGGACGUGAGGGGGAAGGCGUAAUUGGUGCUAUUGCAAUAUCUGACAGAUUGCGCCAUGAUGCUGAAUUAACUGUAAAUAGGCUACAGUUGAAGGGUAUCAAUACAGUUCUCUUAUCAGGAGAUAGGGAAGAGGCAGUAGCAAACAUAGCAAAUAAAGUUGGAAUAGGAAGUGAAUUUGUCAAUGCAUCCUUGAGCCCGCAGCAGAAAUCUGGUUUUAUUUCAACCCUUCAGGCUGCAGGACAUCGUGUUGCAAUGGUUGGUGAUGGGAUAAAUGAUGCACCUUCUUUGGCUCUUGCUGACGUUGGAAUUGCCCUUCAGAUCGAAGCGCAAGAAAAUGCUGCUUCUGAUGUGGCAUCUAUUAUACUUCUUGGCAACAGACUUUCCCAGGUUGUAGAUGCCCUGGAUCUGGCACGAGCAACAAUGGCCAAAGUGUACCAAAAUUUAUCAUGGGCCAUUGCUUACAAUGUGGUCGCCAUUCCUAUAGCCGCAGGAGUACUUCUUCCCCAUUAUGAUUUUGCCAUGACUCCAUCACUUUCAGGUGGGUUAAUGGCUUUGAGCUCAAUAUUUGUUGUCGCCAAUUCUUUACUUCUGCAGCUCUUUGAACCUGAAACGAGCAAAUAGAGCUGCCGGUAUUCAUAUGUAUCUGCUUCAAGUAUAAAAUCUUGGUUGCCGAAGUUUAAAAUCCUAUGAAAUUUGUCUCUAUGAAGGAUUAUCCGGUAACUGUGAGUAACUCUUAAACCAUUCAUUAUCCAUUAUUUCCGUCUUUAUUCCAACUUCUUAAGUUGGCAUUCAUUAACUACUUGUAUGACGGAAACUCUAGCUCACACGUUAGUUCUUAUGUGGCCUUGUGGAGACUCGAGUUGGAGACCUCCACAAUACUAAUAGAGUGAAGACUAAUCAGACCGCUCCUGAUUGGUAGCUCGUUCGUUAUUUAAGUGCACUCUUUUAAGUUGAUAUUAUCAAUGAGGAAUUGAGGAUCAAAUCGUUCUAUUUAUGAAAAUGUACCUUGUAAUAUGAGAAGUUAUGAUACAUCCAAUUUUGUA